AUGGGAGGGGGGGGGGGAGGCGGUUGGAUGCUAAACGGAGCAAAUGGCGAAGGAGGCCCCUACAGCACGCUGGGGACCCAUUGUCGUAAUUGCCGCUCCUACCCCACAACUCUCCCUUCUAGGCAAAUUGGAUGGGUGCCUUGGAUUAAGGGAGCGGUGUUGUGGCUAUCUGAGAUGAAAGGGGCCGCUGCUUGUCAUCGUAGCCGACUCCUAAGCCCCCUUAUCGGCAUCGGCUCAGCCUAUCAUCUCUUCGUCUUCCAGCCGACCUUAAACCUCUGAAAAACGAGGACAAAAGACAAGUACAGGGUGGUUUAUACUGAUCACCAAAGGCUGGAGUUGGAAAAGGAGUUCCAUUUCAGUAAAUACAUAACCAUCAGGCGAAAAUCAGAGCUGGCGUCAUCGCUUGGUCUUUCUGAACGACAGGUUAAGAUAUGGUUCCAAAACAGGAGAGCGAAGGAUAGAAAACAAGUUAAAAAGAUGGGAGAAAUGGUGCACAAAGAAAAAAUGCAGCAAUUGUCGAUGAUAUAGCAUAAAAAUUAUGAUUCAUCAGAUUUGUUUUGAAAUGUUAAUGUGGAUAUACUUGUUAUAUACACAGAUCAUUUGUGUUACAUACACAGAUCACAAAUUGCUGCCUUCCCAUUAAUUUGUUUAUUCUAUUACUUUGAAAAAUUAAGAGAUUAAGGUAUGAAACCGAGAAGAAUAAAUAAUUUUAUAUGUAAUAUAUAAAUGUAAUUAUCUUGAAUGAUAAAAAUGUUGUUUGUAUAAUUUAAUUUUAAGAUAAAAGAUAUUAAACAAAUUUUAAUCAUUAUAGUUAUUGUUGAUUUAUCUUAAAUAUUAAAGAAUUCUCAUGUGAUACUGAAUUUAUAGUUAAAAUUCAUAAAACAAUUUUAAUAUUUAUUAGUAAUACAAUAAUUCUUACAAAUUGUAUUUAACACAAACUAUAUGCAUUUUUAUUUAUUCAUUGCUUGGCAUUCUUGUUUGGCAAACAUUAUUACAGUUUUUUUACAUCACCAGCAUUGGUCUGAAGAAUUUUAUAUUGAUUAUAAGAUUGAAGAACUUCUUACUUAAGAAGAAGAGUUUCUUACUUGUAUUUUUUAAAUCAUAUUAAUAAUCAAGAAAAUAUAUUUUAAUGUUUUUUAUAACACGCAUCUACACUUACACUGUUAUAUGGUUUGUGUUAUGUUAAUCUAAAUAUAUAUAUAUAUAUAUAUAUA